AUGGCUGGCCUGAAACUCUCACUGUAGACUAUGCAGGUCUCAAACUCAGAGCUUCUCCUGCCUUUACCUUCCAAGUACUGGGAUUAAAGGUAUGCGCCCCACACCUGACUACUGGGAUGUUUUUAGUAGAUUCAUAGAUUCCCCCCCCCCCCCCCCCAGCCUUCACCUAGUGAGACAGGUUCUGUUACCCCAUUGUAGAGAAGAAAAUGAGAAAGCAGGUGUGAGGACGGAUACUCUGACCAUCCACAUCAAGUUCUUUUUAGGCCUGUGGGUCUGGAGUUGGCUAUGGGGCACACCAGCCUUCAAAGAGGCCCCACCUAGAAUUCUGCACCCCUACACCCACCACUUCCUCCUGCCCUGGACUUCCUGGAAAGUGCUGCAGAAGCGGUGUGGAUGGAAGAAAGUCCUGUGGUCACAACCCACAGGUUACAGGCUCUGCUGAGAUGGGGUCCAGAUGUCCUUUCUGGACAGCCGCAGUGGCCUUGCUGCUGCUGAUUCGAGCUGCCUCGCGGGAAGUCUCUUGGUUCUGCGGCCGCCUUGAGUACUGGAACCCUGACAACAGGUGCUGCCGGAGCUGCCUGCAGCGCUUUGGGCCUCCAGCCUGUCCUGACUACGAGUUUACAGAAAACUGCGGACUCAAUGACUUCGGCGACACCGUAGCACAUCCUUUCAGGAAGUGUUCUCCUGGGUAUUGCAACCCCAAUGGCACAGAGCUGUGUAGCCCCUGUAGCAGCGGAGCCACAACCCCCGCACGUAUGGAGAGCCACAGUAGAACCCAGCAGCAGUGUAGAAAGAAGCCCAUCCCUCCCAAGGAAGUCUGUCCUCUGACAGCUGGAGAAGCAGGGCUCUAUGGCUCCCUGGAUCAGGGACAGACAACCAAGAACAAAGUCUCCAAGCCGGGCUUUGCUCCACCCUCAGUGCUGACCCUUUUCCUGGUGCUCCUCUUCUUGGUAGUGGUCUUGCUCUCUUUGUUCAAGAGAAAAGCCUGCUCCCAUUCCUGUCUCAGCUUGGCUUCUGGAGGCCCCAGCACCUCGGCACACUGGUGCUCUCCAGGCACCCUGGAGGUGUUGGGAAGUAGGAACACCGGCAAGACACCACCGCUGCAGCUCUCAAGCUGGGAGCUUCAGGGCCUGACCUCACAGCCCCUGUCUCGCCUCCUGGACGAGCUGGAAGUUCUGGAGGAACUGAUUAUGCUGCUGGACCCUGAGCCUGGGCCUAGCGGGAGCAUGGCUUAUGGUACCACACGACACCUGGCUGCAAAAUAUGGGCUGCCUGCCACCUGGUCUACCUUUGCCUACUCACUGCGGCCCAAUCGCUCACCACUGAGAGCCCUGAUUGAGAUGGUGGUGGCAAGAGAGCCAUCUGCUACUCUGGGACAGUUUGGCAUACACCUGGCCCAGCUAGGGCGGGCAGACGCACUGCAGGUGCUAUCCAAGCUUGGCUGA